GCGAAGAUGCCCAAAGUAACCAGUUGCCUAGUGUUCAUUGGUCUGCUGGCGUAUAGUUAUGGCCUGAAUUUAAAGUGUGCCUCAGGCUUUCAAUAUUACAUUCCACCUGUUGCGGGUAACUGGUUUCAAGCGACAGAAUAUUGCAACUCAAUCGGAAUGCGUUUGGCUGUCAUUACAAAUGCUCAAGAAAAUGAUAAUGUGAUUGCGUUUGUCGAAGCUGACAGCAGGAAUAUUCCCGUUGUAUGGAUCGGCGGAAAUGAUUAUGGCGAGGAAGGAGAAUUUUACUGGCAACCUACGGGGGUGAAGUUCAGCUACACUUCUUGGUCAUCGGGACAGCCGGAUAAUGCUGGAGGCAAUGAGAACUGUGUGGAAACCAAGUCGGCUUAUGGCUGGAAAUGGAAUGAUGCAAAAUGCCAUCUUGUACAGCAUUUUGUGUGUGAAAAUGUUGAUUCUAAAAAAGUGGUAGUUUUAUUUUAGAUUCUGUUCAUAUAACAGCUUCUUGAAUAUGUUGAU